CUCAAAUCGGUUGUCUCUGGUAUCUUGUCGCACAAAUACCGCCUCGACCGUGAAGCGGACACUGCGCGGACAGACGAAGAAAUAAUGGUUGCGUCAAAACCCCCUCCGCCUGCGUCCGCCUUAUCAAACACCAGCGCCGGAUUGGCAACCCUCGAACCGCGGAUAAGACAAGUGUCGCAAUCCACAAUCCGGAAGAAGUGGAGGCCUCUCCCAGCUUCAUCACAGGAGAAGGUCCGGCAGAUCUUCUUGAAUCUCAAGACGAAGAGGUCUGGUGCUGGUGGAAACGGCAGGAUCCCACCAGUGGGCAAGUUGCGCAACAACGCCAGGGUGCAGAGGAAGAACGCGACGGCGGCCAGUAUCAGGGAGGAGGAGUAUGAAAAAGUCGUGGAGGAGGUUGCUGACAAACUCCUCGCCCGCCUACCUCGAAUGCCAUUCCCACAUACCAAUGCAUCCACCGUUGACGACUCGCCGUUUGACCUUUCUGCAACUCUCGCCCGUAUCGCCACGCUCCAGGCCCAGAUGACGACAAACUUCCAAUCCGUGCAGCUCCUCCGCCGCCAAAUCAACCGGGAGAAACUCGCGCUGAAGCGGGACCGUGCACAGUUGAAGACCUUGGAGGAAGGCUUCAAGGGAAGCGAGGCGUUGAGGAGGAAGAAGGAGAGGGGCCUACAUCCGCUGGCCAAGGGCUUGCACAGGGAAGAAGAGGAGGAGGAUGAGGACGGCGUCGAGGCUGAGCUGAGAGAAGAGAUUGAGCGCGUCAACAACAUUGCAGGAAUAUACCCCGCGAACAAGAAGCGUGGUGCCAUCUCCGAGUCAAUGACUUUCCCAACGUCGCCCACCCUCAGUCCCGACUCGGAAAAUGACCCGGAACUAAAUUCGCUGCUCGAACAGUUGCGGAGUCAUCUCCUCAGCAUGCAGAAUAACACGGCACCCAUGCAGCCUGUGUUGGCAGCUAUGGACGAGGCGAGUACAGCAUUGGACAAAUUUGCUGCGAGGCAUGGGAUCGGAAAUGGCCUCGGAGAUACAUGAUCGACAUUACUGCUCCUGGGCCACCUCUUUUCACCAAAUCGAAAAAGAGUGCAAGCCCUCUCGCCCACACUUCUCGAAGCGCCAGUGUCUCGGCAUUAUCCUGCGCUCAAGGAAACCUCCACCGCGAAAUGGAGCCCUGGAUAUCGCUCGCCCGGUAUUCGCAUCUAUGCCUGCUCGCCCAUCCCCUCAACUCUGAACCUGGGAGUCCACCACUCGCAAGAGUACGACUGCGUCCGGGAUGGUUCGCGAGUGGUGCAGAUCCCUUAGUAGCCCUGCUUCUGAAGGCUGUUCAGGCGGGGUUGGUUCCUGGACCGGCAAAUGUGGCAUUGGCAUGGUAUUCGCGGCGCAUGGCUCUCGCCGGGAACGGUCCUGUACAGGCUACUGGAGCGGCUGCCGUAGACCGCACUGCACGCCCAUCCAUACCCGCUGGGUCUCCCAGAGAGCUUGGUGGAAUGGCGAUUGCAUAAGGCAUCUGCUUGAAUGGAUGGAUGGUUGGGUCCAUCCCCAAGCGUUCUGAUAGUGGAUUGAUGGAAUCAGUAAUAUUGUGAAAUGCAUU